GCCUCCAGCCGGGUAGCCUCUGAGUUCCCAGCCUUUCCUUGCCACAAUGACCGGAUCCUGGCUGUGUUUGCCGCUGCUGCUCUUGAGUGCCCUGCUCUUGGGUCAGCCGGCAUGGGGGGCACAGGAAGAAGAGCCCGGAGAGGAAUUGCAACAGCCGGAAUCAGGGGGUGGAGGACAGUGGCACUGUUGUCGAGGGGCAGCACGGGAGCUCACAUCGGAGGAAAGGUACGAGGAAAGGGCGAGUAGCAAUCAGCGUAUGUUGAAAGAUGAAGAGGAAUCUCAAUAUCUCAGGGAUUACUUCAAGACAAAGAUUACAGAUUACUUUAAUGCGCAGAACCCCAAACAUUUCUAUAAACUAUACGAGGAUGCACAGUUAAAAAUCAAGGAUGCCCCUGGGUUCAUAAUGGAAUUCACAGUGUAUAUGGUGAAGACCAAUUGCACAAAGGAUGAGGAGGAGCUUCCUCGCCAGUCGCUGCUACGCCGUGGCAUCAGGAAUCAUGGCUACAUGGAUGAUGAUGAUGAUGAUGAGUCAUCAGAAGAUCUGUCAGGCUGCCAUCCUCUGUCCGGUGAUGACAAAGAGAUCCAGAAAUGCAAGUUUUCAAUGUAUUUCAGUGGACAUGGGCACCAUAUCGUCGGUCAUCGCUGCAGAGAAGUGCAAAUUGUUGAAGAAAGUGAAGAUUGA